UGGCAAUCGUCGUUGAGUCUCCACCGGAUUUACUGCGCCCACUUGCCGCUCCCCCAGCCACCAGCCUCCAGCUCUACCUGUUGCGCGCUCCUAGCUUCAUCUAGUGCGAAAGUAAAAGCGUUUUUCACCGAACUCGUCCAUCCACAUUGACUCCGCUUGGCGGGCGAUCCUCCACUCGAGUCAUAAGCAUUUUAUCUCUGGUCCGCACAGGACGUUCGUGUCGGUCAAGUCCAAGUCCAAGUCGAGAUCGAGAUCGAGAGGUGCGUUGGUGUCAAAACUGAGUGAUUGGUGUGUGCCUUGUGUGCAGUGUCCAGUUUGGCUGCGCUUCAAACUAAACAGGUUCUCUCGUGGAACAUAUCAUUCCGUGACCCACUAACGACUUACCGGCCAUCCUAGAGCAAAGAAAGUGCCGCACCAUAAAAUAUUAGCUAAUAGGCAAAGCGGCUAUGUAACCGGUUGCCCAAUGAUUAUGCACUCGCAAAAGGUGUCCUUCAGAUGUGAAGAUAUUUUUAAUGCAGAAUGAAGUGGUACAUUUCGUAACAAGUUUAUUUUAGUGAGAUGCAAUCAACAACUAACUAGCUAACUAAACUGAAAAGCAUAUACAUACGUGAAAAACAAUGAAGAAACUUUUCCCCAAUUAAAAACGGAAAUUUGUUUUCUUUCAGCACUCGGCGUGCGACAGAGGAACCCAAAAGCUUGCGCCUGCGGUGAUCACGAGUCUUCCGGUUGUGCGACUUCCUUUCGCCAGCUGCUCCAUUGCAUAAUCGCCAGAGAUGCCAUCGCUGCUGCACCUGCUGCUCCUGGCGCUGUUUUUGGGUGAGUCGCACAUGACUUCCUCAUGCAAAUGUGGCUAAAUUGGGACUUUGAUUUAGUGGCCAUGCCGACGCAGGGUCGCAAGAUCAAACGGAAGGAGCCACACUAUCACCAUCACGUCAAUGUGCCGCCGCCACCACCGCCGCCAUCGCCCCAUGGACCGGGUCCAGUGCCCCAGCAAACGGCGGUGAUCGAGCACGAGGUGCCGCCAUACACCUACGAGGCGAUUAACCACGACGAAUUCGAACCGGCCAAGGUGAAGCUCUCCCACUUCGAAGGCUCCUCCGAUUACAUAGUGCACUCCCACCGCGGAGGCGGUGGAGGAGGAAGCGGUGGCUACCUGGCCGACAAUGGAUUGCGCAGCAUAGCGAAGGGUUCAGCGGAUCAGGCCCUGUCCGCAGUGGCCAGCCAAAAUGCGGCAGGCAAACAGGCAUCCUAUGUGGCCAAAAGUACUCUGGCUCAGGCGGCAGCACAAGCAGCCGGCACAGCUGUGGCCGUGCUCAAGGGCAAAGAGGUGCUGCUCCAUCGGCUGGAGGAUCAGAGCGUGGAGGCCCACAAGGCCAUGGAGAACGAGCUGACCCAACUGCAGCAGGCCAAGAGAUCCGCCAAGGCAGCCCAAUAUGCCGCCCAGCAGGCCAUCAACCAUGUCAGUGUCCUAACUGCCGCACUUAACAAUGCCCAAUCCGCCUCGGAGUUGGCACAAAAGGCAGCAUCGGAGGCGGCGGCCGAGCUAGCUUCGCAAAUUGAUAUGGUGGCCCAGGCCAAGACCAAGCUGGAGCACGCCGAAUCGCAGGCUUAUGCAGCUCGACUGGACUACGAGGAAACGCGCGAUGCGGCGGAGAAGGCUACCUUGUCCGCCCAGGAGGCGCACUUGAAUGCCAAUGACGCGGCCUUGCAUGCCAACGUGGAGCUAGCGGAGAAUGUGCAUAUCCACGACAAGAGCGAUCGGAAUGUGCGCGAGCCGCCGCGAAACCACAGACUUCAAUAGUGCACUGCCACAAUCUAGGCUUGUAAUUCUUAUUUAUUUGUUUUCCUCAUUUAAUGUUUGUUUUGCUGCAGCGAUACAAUAAAGUUUUGUUGACAUU